AUGGACUCCAAUUUCCCUGAUUAUGUUUCUCCUCCCGCUGGAGGAUAUAUCAAAGGUUCAACCUCUUUGUCGGGAGAAACAGGGUUUUCCACUAGACAGAUUGAAUCUGCAUGGGGUGCAACAUUUGUAUUCUACAUUCUUUAUCUGAUAUUUAUUCAGCUCGAAUCUUACUAUCAACAUCAACUGUAUCAUUCAUUUUAUCCACCACUCUUAUCUCGAUCUCUAGAAUCCACCCCUGAGCCAACCAAUGCUGCAACAACUACUACAGCCACCACUGCACUCCCCGUGAAUAUUCAAAACGCAGCAGUUAUUGAAACCUCCAUUGAUCCUUCUUUGUCUCGGUUUUACAAGAGAAUGCAUAUGCGUCUUUUGAAUGUAGGAAGUGCCGUUUGCGACUCAUUCUUGAUCUUGCUUGGUACAACACUGGUAUCACAAGCUGGUUACGGAAUCACCGAUGGUACUACCGUGUUCAUCUGGAUUUUGCUGGGUUUGCUAACAGUGUGGUCCAUCGCACAAACUUUCUCUGCCAACACUCGGCAACUCGUAGAUGGUAUUGUAUUUUUACUGGCAUUUGUUGCAUUAAUGGUUAUAUGGGGAUUCGCUUGGAGGGGUAUAAGUACAGGCGAGCCCAUUUAA